ACACACACUCGCGCGCGUUCCCCCUGAUGCCCUGAGGUGGGGUAUUUGACGCCGCGAGCAGCGCGCGCGCCCGGAAGAUGGCGGCUUAUUAAACUUUCAUGUUUAUGCGCUCGAGCCCGGAGAGGAGAGAAGAAGGAAGAAAGAGAAGAAGAGGAGGAAAAGGAGAAUGGAGGACGGAUGCUGAGGCCAAGAAAGGGAGGAUACAGGAGAAAAGCUUGAAUAAAUUUAGAAGGAUUUCAAGUUGCUACGCCUGAGCGCUCCUCCUGGUCCCACCCCUAACUCCGCCCAUUACCAUGGCAGUGUCACUGUGGUUAUUGUGGAUAUGUGCCAUCUCUCUGAGCAGCAUCAGCCCCUCAGAACAAGCUCUGAGCAGAGCGGCAAUGCCCUUUGGUCUGAUGAGGAGAGAGCUGGCUUGCGAAGGUUACCCUAUUGAGCUUCGCUGCCCAGGAAGUGAUGUCAUCAUGAUCGAGACAGCCAACUACGGCCGCACCGAUGACAAGAUUUGCGAUGCUGAUCCGUUCCAGAUGGAGAACGUGCAGUGUUACCAACCAGACGCCUUCAAGAUUAUGUCUCACAGGUGUAAUAAUCGUACUCAGUGUGUGGUUGUUGCUGGAGCUGAUGUGUUUCCUGACCCCUGCCCCGGAACAUACAAAUCUGAAAUCCAGUAUGAGUGUGUUCCAUACAUCUUCGUGUGUCCGGGUGCUCUGAUCGGGGUUUUAGAGGCGAGUCUGGUGCGGGAGGCGGAGCAUCAGUCAGGGGCGUGGUGUAAAGACCCCCUGCAGGCUGCUGACAGGUUGUACGUGAUGCCGUGGACUCCGUAUCGCACAGACACGCUGUACGAGUACGCCUCCUGGAAUGACUACCAGCAAAACCGAGUCACCACUAGCUAUAAGUUGCCGAGUCGAGUGGAUGGCACCGGGUUUGUGGUGUACGAUGGUGCCGUGUUCUACAAUAAAGAACGGACCCGAAACAUUGUUAAAUAUGACCUACGGACCCGCAUCAAGAGUGGAGAGGCCAUCGUUACCAACGCCAACUCCCACGACACAUCGCCCUAUCGCUGGGGAGGGAAGUCAGACAUUGACCUUGCUGUUGACGAGCAUGGCCUGUGGGUCAUCUAUGCUACAGAGGAGAACAGUGGACGAAUAGUCCUCAGCCAGGUGAACCCGUACACAUUGCGUUUUGAGGGCACGUGGCAGACCGGCUUUGAGAAACGCAUGGCAUCGGACGCAUUUGUAGCCUGCGGGAUCCUGUACGCUGUUCGUUCUGUCUACCAGGAUGACGACAGCGAGGCGGGGGGAGAUUUUAUCCUCUACGCCUAUGACACUCGGCGAGAAAGGGCCGAGCCUGUAAGCAUCGCCUUUCCCAACCCGUACCAACACAUCUCGUCUAUCAGCUACAACCCUCGCGACAAUCAGCUGUACGUGUGGAACAACUAUAAUGUCCUACGCUACCCUUUGGAGUUCAGACCCCCACAACCCACUGCAGACCCUCUCUCCACACCCCUCCUGUCCUCCACCACCACAAUCUCUCCCGUCUCCUCCACAAUAUUUAUGGGCUUUAGUCCAAGCCCCCCACUUUCGGUGACGUUUAACCCAGCUGGUUCAAAAAACCGGGGCCGGCCCAUCACGGUCUCAAUGCCUGUGACGUUGCGGCCCCCGCGCCAGCCUCAAGGUCAUGUACCUAUGUGUGAGGAAAGAGUGAGCCGUGGUGUACAGUGGCCUCAAACACCCCAUGGAGAGAAUGUCCAGAGACCCUGUCCGAAAGGAUCACUCGGUUUAGCCUCCUACCACUGCAUGGCUGAUGAGGUGGUGUGGAAUCCCAGAGGUCCAGACCUUAGCAAUUGUACCUCACCCUGGGUCAACCAGGUUGCUCAAAAGAUAAAGAGUGGGGAAAACGCGGCACAUAUCGCUGCCGUGCUCGUCAAUCACACACGGGGACAGGUGUACGCUGGUGAUGUCACUUCCUCUGUGCGUCUGAUGGAGCAACUGCUGGACAUCCUGGACAUGCAGCUGCAGGCAUUACGGCCUGCCAACAAGGACUCAGCCGCACGCAACUACAACAAGCUGCAGAAGAGAGAGAGGACCUGCAGAGCGUUUAUACAGGCCAUGGUGCAGACGGCGGAUAACCUGUUGAGCUUGAAGGCGUUGGACUCGUGGCAGGAUAUGAACAUGACCGAUCAGUCUCACACUGCCACCAUGCUGCUGGACGUGAUGGAGAAAGGCUCCUUCCUGCUCGCCAACAACCUCUAUGAGGGGCGAUUUAGUGAGCGUGCACCCAAUAUUGAUCUGGAGGUUUAUGUCCUGAAUGCUGAUACUGAUAUUGGAGACCUGCAGUUCCCUCACUCAUAUGACAGUGACAGCACCAUCCAUCUUUCUGAAGCUACAAUCAAACAGUACAGCCGGAACGGUCAGGUGAAGGUGGUGUUUGCGCUUUAUAAAAACCUUGGGCUUUUCCUGUCCACCCAAAAUGCCACUGUGAAGACGGACGUGGAGCUGAAAUCAGGAGCGAGGACACUGGCUGUCAAUUCCCAUGUCAUCUCCGCCUCCAUGAAUAAGGAGUCCAGUCGUGUGUUUUUGACUGAACCUGUAAACUUUACACUGAGGCACCUGCAGUUAGAGAAUCAUUUUGGACCAAACUGUUCAUUCUGGAACUACUCGGAGCGCACCAUGACGGGUCAGUGGUCUUCUCAGGGUUGCAGGCUGGUCUACAGCAACAACACACACACCACCUGCUCCUGCUCACAUCUCACCAACUUCGCUCUGCUGAUGAGUCGCCAGACCCCCGCUUACACGAGCAGCGUGCAGGCGCACAUUCUGUUCGUCAUUUCCUGGGUGGGCAUGGCGAUUUCCUUGGUGUGUUUAGCGCUGUGUAUAUCCACCUUCUGCUGUGUGAAGGCUGUGCAGAGUGAGCGCACCACCAUCCACAAGAACCUGUGCCUCACUCUCUUCGUCUCGCAACUCCUCUUCCUCAUCGGCAAUGACCGGACCCACUACACCGUGGCAUGCCCAGUGCUCGCUGCCCUGCUGCACUUCUUCCUGCUCUCCGUGUUUUGUUGGUUGUGCGUCGAGGCCAUUCAGCUCUACGUGCUGCUGGUAGAGGUGUUCGAGAGUCCGUCCUCGCGCAGGAAGUACUACUACAUUGCUGCCUACGGCUUUCCUACUUUGGUCGUGGCCAUUUCUGCCUCCAUCGAUUACACCGGCUACUCCAGCACCACCAACUGCUGGCUACGUGUGGACGACUACUUCAUCUGGCUUUUCAUUGGCCCUGUCUCGCUUGUUAUCCUGCUGAACCUGGUGAUCCUAAUGGUCACGGUGCACAGAAUGAUCCGCCAUUCCAACGUACUCAAACCGGACUCCAGCCGCUUCGACAACAUCAAGUGUUGGACGGUGUGUUCAGUCACUCUGCUCUUGUUGGUGACGUUGACAUGGAUCUUCGGCCUGCUCUUCAUCAACGAGAACAGCGCACUUAUGGCCUACCUCUUCACAUCCUUUAACGCCCUGCAUGGUCUAUUUAUCUUCAUCUUUCACUGUGCGCUGCAGAAGAAGGUUCAGAAGGAGUACGCUAAAUGCUUCCGUCAGUCAUCCUGCUGCGGUCAUGUCUCAACCGGUGGCUCUCACGGCUCCCUGAAGAGCUCAGCGCACCGUGGGAACAACCGCUACUACAGCGGGGGGCAAUCGAGGCACAAUCAAGUGCACAGACAGAGUCGUAUCCGGAGGAUGUGGAACGACACAGUACGCAGGCAGACCGAGUCUUCCUUUAUGGCUGACCUGAACAACACGCCCACUCUCAACAGAGGAACUAUGGGGAAUCACCUCCUGGCCAAUCCCGUGCUGCAGACUCGCUCAGGCUCCUCCCCCUAUAACACACUGCUGGCUGAAACCUUUAACCCACCCUCACCUGCUGUCUUCAAUUCCACCGGUACCUUCAGAAAUUCAAAGGGCACUCUAUCCCGCAGUCGUGAGUCAUGUGGCUUGGAGCCUGUUCGUCUAAAUGGAAGCUACAACAACAGCUACUCUGUGCACGGUGGAAGUUCGGACCUGCUUGGCAGCGUCGCUGUGGGGGACGUCAGUCCUGCCCUUUUGACCCCCAGAGGGGCGGAGCCUCCAGGAGGCAUGAGGAGGAACCUCUCGGAUGCGGCAGCACUGGAGAAAAUGAUCAUCUCUGAGCUGGUUCAGAGCAACCUGCGUCCUCCUGCAGAUCGCUACAGCGGCAACACGGAUGUGGAGGCGGAGCCAAGGGAGUAUGCGAACACAGGGAUGGGCCACAGGGAGCCGCCCCAGCGUCCUCUGCCUCGCCCACCACCGCCGCCUCCACAAGAUGAAGAACCACUUUACAAGGUUUUAGAAAAGCCUCACCUUCCUGAGAAACCACGUGUUCCGGAGAAACCCCACGUGCCAGAGAAGCCCCGCCUCUUGGAGCACACACAGUCGGUGUUUUAUCAGAGUGAGGAGGACUCGGAAAGCUUUUCGGCUGAAAUUACAGACAGCGUGGGUGGAGUUGGGCCUGACUCCUCCUCCCUGUAUGCAAGAGACAGAGACUCGUCCUAUCCUGACAGCAGCCCUGAGGGCUUAGGGACUGAGCCUCGUUCAGCUUUGCCCCCUGAUGAAUUGUACUUCAGCACAGGUAGACACGCCCAUGUCUCUGCCUUCUACCAGCCCCCAUCCCGUCGGACCAAUGAGGAGAGUCGACUGGGGCUAGAAUCUUCAAAUGGAGAAGGCGAUGGACAGAUGCAGCUGGUGACGAGUCUGUGACUAGGGCGCUGGUGACCAGGACAUGGAGAUCUAGAGGAGGAAGAAACGGCAGUGAGAUCAUCAUCAUCAUCCAUGACUAUAGUACAGAACUACAGCACGCUAGUUAGUCAUUUAAAAGCUUGAGAUGAUCCUUGGUGCGCAAGUUUCGUAGUGUGAGUGCUAAUACGCCUACUUUCAAACAUAUCUUCCACUUUCAGUACCAGCCCAGUACCAAAAGUUCCAGUCAUGCAGCUAAUGACUGGAAUCAACAGAUGCUAAUAGCUCUUAUGCUAGCAGCACUGUUCUGUGAUUAUAAAACCAGGCCUUGUAUUGUAUUACCAAGGUCCAAAUCUCUAGGGUUCAAGGUUUGAUCUUAAGGGUUUUGAGGACUGUGCCCAUGGUUCUCCAUUAGGUCCCUCCUUUUGAUCACAUUCCAGUUAAUUUGGGCAUUGGAGAAAACUCCCACAAAGUGCCAUGUUGCUAUGUGACUGAAUGGUACAUGAUACAGGGUUAGUCCUGACUUCAGUACUCAAAUAAAUGAAUGUCCAGUGGGUUUGUUGGGAAAGAAGAAGACAUAGAGAGCUGCUUUAGAGGCUGGUGGGAAUCAAAUUGGAACAGGAACCCUAGGAACCUGUUUUAGCUGGUCCAGUGGAACAACUAACUAUAGCUAUCACACAGGUAUGUUAUUAAGUCCAUUGACGAAACUAAUUAUUUUCAUAGGCACAAUUAGGGAAUGAGACAGUGGGUGACUUGUGGUAUUUGAUUAAUCAGGGCACCCUGAAAAAGCACAUUUACCAAGAACCUGAUGAUGAUGAUGAUAAUGAUGAUGAUGAUGAUGAUGAUGUAGGCAAGGACAACAAUGAAGAAAGACGAUUAGCAUGGCUUCCUCCUCUGAGUCUCUGUCUCUUGGUCACCUCCACACUCACCCUGUCCAUCUUCACUGCCAUUCAUCAACUCUCUCUUCCUGUUUCUCUCUCUAUAUACUGUAUAUUUGUCUAUCAGAUAUCUCCAUCUCUCUGUCGUUUCUCUGUCGAAUUCCCUCGCUUGGCCUUCCAGUGUCCUCUCUUUCUGUCUCACUCGUUCUCUCAGGGUGGAGUGUUGGAUUUGCGACUUGGUUCUUAUUUGAUGUAUUGUUCGUUCGUUCCCUCUCUUUAAGCCCCUUUCAAAAGAAUGUGACGCCUCCUCUAGAGACAACAGAACAAAAACUUUUGACAUUGCCAAAAAAUCCUUUUUCAAGGGAACACACACACACACACACACACACACACACACACACAAACACAUAAACACACACGUGCAGACUUUCUUGCAUUCUAAGUGUUCACACUGAAAGGCCUUCCUCAAAGGUCAGGGGUCAGACAUUCAGUUUCAUUUGAAGGGGUCGUGACCUUGAACAGAGAUCCAGAACUGGUCUGCUCGGUUCGGUUUGCCCCAACCCAUAUAGACAUUUUCAGCACCACGGACCUCGGACACGCCCCCGGGGUCGUACCCGAGUUCACAGCUCCGCCCCUUUUUCUGGACUCGCUGGAGGCCGGGGUGGUGUGUGUAUCGUUGUGUAUCUGAUGUAAAUAUCGGUAAGAGAAUGAAAGUUUGAGAAACUGCUUCUUGUAAUAUGUACAAAUGUUACAAACAAAAGGAAAACAAAAUCACGUAAAAAAAAAAAAUGAAUACAUAAAUAACAAGGAUGUGUAGAAGACCUGAAUGAUACUCUACAUCUUUUACUAGUCUCUCCCUCUGUCUCUCUCUCAUCCUUUCUUUCUGUCUUUUCUAUCUUCUUUCAUCGUUCCUCCCUUUUUUGCUCUUCCUGUCUGAGAGGGGGACAGACGGACAGGGUUUUGUUAAAGAGAUAGACAUACACAAAUGUGUUUUUAUAAAAGAAAAAAAUAAAGAAGUCAAACACCUGG